AACGUAAGGUACAAUCAGUGGCGGACUUGGCAAUUUUGGGGCCUAAGGCGAACAUAUCCAGGGGCCCUCUUCAUGGGUCACGGGUUAAAAGGGUCUGGAGGAAAUAUGUUCUGGUACACUAGGGCUGUCCUAAACGACAAAUGUUCUCCUGAUUAGUCAGCCGACUAGUUUUACGAUUAAUCGACUAAUCUAAUAAUUUUUUUUUUUUUUACUAAUUUAGCAAUGGAAUUUUUGUUGACGCUUAUUAAUUCACAAAACUAUUUUAGAACACUUAUAUUCUUUAUUAAAGUACAAAUAAUCAUGUAAAUAACAAUAAUUAAUCACAAAUAAACAAUGAGGUUAAAUGCUGAUAGCAUUUACUAGUGCAAAAGAAUGGAAAGUAAACAGAUUCAGAACACUGACUUUGCCUUUCCAACAUUAUUCAAAACAAUUCUUAAAAAAUUCUAGCAAUAUUAUUAUAGUAUACUACUAUAUAUAAUAGUAGUAUGAUAAUAUUAUUAAUUAUUCAUUCCCAAUCAUAUUUGUCAUGAAGAGUGUCAUUUGAAAGCUAUUCUUUGUGUAGAAUCUGUAUUAUGUAGUAUUUACUCAACAUAUUAUAAUAUUAAUUCUGAAGUAUGUGGGAUUAACUCCAGAAAUCAUUAUUUAUACGACGAACAUGAUGUGCUUUUGCUGUUAACCAGCUGUUGAGUGUUAUUGUAUGACUGAUUGGAACUGUACUACAUUGUUUCGUCAUAGGGUGUGCUGUCGUGUAUUUUAUGUUCGGUGUGAAGAAGAAGAAGAAGAAAGUUAAAAGAGGCAUUAGAGGCCUGUUCUCAACUUCUCCCUGACUGCACUUUGGCUCGCAUGGAGAGCACGUUAGCUCAUGUGUUCGAAAUAAACGAUAGCCGACCUGCAAACUGAGGUAGCCAGUGAGCUGUAAAAAUAGCGAGCUUAGUGGCGUGAAAACCGCGAGAGAGCUAAGUGAAGCUAACGAACAGCUAAGCCGAGCUAAGCGAUGCUAAACGGCGCUAAAUGAAGCUAAGCUACUGAUACUCUGUUCAUCGUCGUGGAACAGUCAAUUGUAGUGCGUGUGUGUGGGGAGAGAUAAUAUAAAUGCAGCAUUCAAAUGGCUUUCUUUUUCGUUUUGUUAUUUGUUUGUUUGGUAUGCUGACAUAAUUAUACAUGAAGAAUAGUUGAGGGUGCUGCUGGCUCCGGUGGCCCAAGCCGUUGCUCGUUGGGGCAAGGGCAGCUGGUUGGGGGCGCCCUACUGGUUGGGGGCCUAAGGCGAUCGUCUACUUCGCCUGAAUAGUAGAUCUGCCUAUGGGUACAAUGAACCCGGAAAAUACGACAUCAGUCAAGGGGCAAAACGCACUCGUUGGCUAGAUCUGUAAUUAAUUUAAAAAUUCGCCAUUGACACCUUGUGGUGUAUUUCAAUCAUUACCUGACGUAGGUAAAGACACUAUGGAAGAACGGCAGGGAGCCCAUGUGACAUUCCAACAGUCAACAAUGGAGCUGACCCACCUGACCUGCCUGUCCCAAUUGAGAGAUCUGGCGCUGUGCGACUUCACCACCACCCCAAACCCAGUGUGUCGUUUGUGUAAUUAUGCCACACACAUGCUGUACCACUUCCCCGCGCUCUCAUUUCUCGACACCUACGACGUCACGAGCUCACAAGUCACGGAAGUAGCCGAGGUAGUGAGAAAACCAAGACCCAUUUCGACAUAUCUUUCUCUAAACUUAACGUCCACCGUAAUGAAGAAGAUGAUGUUUUACAACAUGCGUACGCGCACUGCUCGGAGAAAUCUGACAGAGGCUCUGCUGCAACUUUUCAAGACCAAAAACGCCUCCUUGGAAUCACCUCUAGAAAGCAUUCGCUCCCUCAAGUACGCCUUAAAAAAUCUUGAACGUUCGCUUCCUAAGAUGUCUUCGGAGGAUCCUUUUGAUAUCUUCGAGAAACAAUUUAGCAGGAAAGGUGGCCCAACUGUGGAGCAAAUACAGAAAAAGAUUGAAGUACUACAGCAGAGACUGGCUAUUUCCACCAGAAGGCUACAUGAAGUCGAGAACUGGCAUCAACACAACGUGUCACAAGCGACACAAAUGAUGGAGGACACGGUGCGCUUUAUGUCGACGGAGCUACACAGUGUUGGAAAUAUUCGCCUGGAGGAAGGCAGCGCCACGGACGCAUGGUUCGCUUCCUGUCGCGACCUGCUGCUCUCUCGCUUUUCUGUUUCGGACUACAUGAGUCACGGCAUCAUUGGCGUCAGGAUCAACAGAGUAGUCCGGAUCCACAACAGUGGGCUGAGAAUUCGUUUUAAGGACAAACUUCAGUCCCUUCUGGCAAGGGAGGGUUCAACCACCUUGGUGCAGAAUUACAAGCGGCUACUUGAACACUUGUUCUACAUCGGCGACUCGGAGCAAAACGGCGAUAGCGUGUUAAACAUCAUGGAGGAAGGCUUUAAAUCAGCCAGAGAAUAUAAGGCACUUGGAAAAGAAGCAGCAGUGCCUUUAACCAACAGCCUUAUUGUGAGCGAACAACCAAGAAUUGAAUACUUACUACGCUGUGCUGAACAAGGGCGUUACAACAGAAGAACAGAUGAAAUCCCUUUCAGAUCCGGCAGAGUUAUCGUGUCCAAAGUGUUUCUGGGCAACAGUCUUCCCAUCAAAGAGGGAGAACCAGUGCACAGAAGAACUUAUCCUCGUGCUUCCUCUGUAUACCGCAAUGUGUACACCAAGCAUCAAGAUGGACUACACACUACAGUUCCCAAAGGAAGACAGUGGUUCGUCUUUGACAAUGACCUCGUCUUGCCCGAGUACUUGAUAUGUUUUGAAUAUCUCACUGAAUUAGCUAACGAGGCGUGCCUUUCAAAGGGCAGCGAACAGCCGACAUCACUAAACGACAGCACUCAGCCCCUGGACCUUCCGACCUUUGACACUUCACCGGACAACGAAGCCAUUGACAUGGAGCCUGUUCUGGACCCACCACCCAAGUUGAUUAAAUUGAAUGCAUCGACUCUUCUAAAUGCGUCCGGUGCAUGUAUCUUCAGUGAAAUCACUGUGCUGAACCUUCACAGCAGCGGUCUGAAGAGGAUCAAGGAGAUUUCUUCUGUCCGAGGUCUUCGCCAUCUCACCCUCAGCUUCAAUGAGCUCACCAAUCUCGGUGACAUUGCUCACAUGCCAAUGUUGGAGUUUUUAGAUGUCAGCUUCAACCAGAUUGUGAGCCUUGACGGUCUGCUGGCAUUAAAACAACUGAAACAUCUCGACGUUAGCUGGAACAAGUUGGUCAAUGCCAGCGAAGAGUCCAACGUGCUCAAAAUACAAACGCCUGCCCUGCAAAUAUUGGAAACAAAACACAACCCUUGGAAUAAGCCAGAGGAAGUCAGAAUAACCAUAGUGAGCUUAUUGACGACGCUGACGAAAUUGGACAACAUACCAGUGACAGAGGAAGAAGUCGCGGAUGCUGUUCGCAAGACAACUAGAACCGUUAUCAACGAGGAAAUUCUCAUGGCUCACUCCCAUACCAACAAGGAGCGUCCCAGAAGUCUCAGCCUGGUGUCAACGACCGAACUACUCUCUCAGAUCAAUCCGCAAGUCAUGGACCUAAGCCAAGACCUGCAGCCAGACUGGAACGAAAAGAUCACCUCUCUAAACCUUGACAACCAGAAUAUUUAUCAGAUGAGCAAUCUGGAGGCCCUGGUCAAUCUGCGCUGGGCUUCAUUUAAUAAUAAUUACAUCUGUGAAGUGGAAGGGCUAGACUGCUGCACUCAUCUGGAAGAGCUCUCCCUCAACAACAACAACAUCAGCACAAUCAACGGCUUGUCAAGGCUACAGAGUUUGAAUAAACUCAGCAUGGAUGGAAAUCAGCUGUCCGGUCUUGAUGCUUCUGUCAUGGAGCAACUCCAAAAUUUGACCUUUCUGUCCGUGGAGAACAAUCGGAUCACUUCCCUGCAAGGCAUCAACAAAUGCCGUGAGCUUUUGGAGCUUUACGCUGGCAACAAUCAUAUUUCUGUGUCUCGGGAUAUCUACUUUCUCAAGGCAUUGGAAAAUCUCAUCAUCUUGGAUCUAUAUGGGAAUCCGUUAUCAGAAAACUUCAAGAACUAUCGCAUUUAUAUGGUGUUCCACCUGCCUUCUCUGAAGGCACUGGAUGGAACUGCAGUGGAUGCCACUGAAUGUGAAAAUGCAAAAGCUAUGUUUGGAGGACGACUCACACCAGACCUGGUGGCAGAGAAAUUGGGGCAUUCAAACUACGCCAGCAUCACCUACCUCACAAUGCAGUCCUGCUCUAUCAGGAGUGUGGACCUGUCUCCAAUUGACCUGUUCCUCAACCUAAACACGAUCAACUUGGAUCACAACAACCUCACCUGCUUCUCAGGCAUCAUCCAUCUUCCCAAUGUCAAAGUCCUGUAUUUAAACCACAACCGCAUUGAGUCCAUCCUGCCGAGGCAGAAGACAUUUUUAACAAACAGACAGCUGCUCCACAACAAAGUGCACUCCAGUGGUUAUGGGCAACAGACCUUAUGUAAAGGGAACAGGCUCCUUCCACCAACCAUCAUCCUGGAGCCUCUGAUGAGCAGCCUGGAGAUACUGCAUUUGAGUAACAAUGGCAUCUCCAAUAUGGCCAAUCUGGAACUCAGCAGGCUCACCAAUCUUAAAGUGCUCUUCCUUCAAGGGAAUGAGAUCAGCCAAGUGGAAGGUUUGGAGGGCCUCCAUCAGCUCAAAGAGCUUGUGUUGGAUAGGAACCGGAUCCGGGGCCUGUAUGAGAACUCUUUAAUUUCCCAGAGCGUCCUGGUGGAACUUCAUCUUACAGAGAAUCGUAUCCGGGAACUCAACCAUCUCUACCCGCUCGCCGAGCUUCGCAAGCUUUUCCUCGGCAUGAAUAAGCUUCAGGACAUCUCAGAGCUUGAUAAACUUGAUGUUCUUCCCUCGCUGACGGAACUCUCUGUCAUUGGCAAUCCGGUGGCUCGCAAUUCUCUCCACAGGCCCACAGUGAUGCGCAAUCUGCCUCAGUUGCAAGUCCUGGAUGGCAUAACAGUCACUUUGGAGGAGAGAACCAGAGCCGAAAUUACAGAUACAACACAAUGUGAAGAGUGUUGUGCAGCUGGCCUUGAAUCAAACCUGACCGGACUGACGACUUACAUGCCUGUAAGAGGAAUGACCAUGUCUGGAAUACAGAACCUCAUUCAUGGUCACGAAGCGAUCCCGAGUAACAAAGAUGAACCCCAAGUUCAGCACCCGUCCAAGUGCAAGAAACCCACGGAGAAAAAUCCCACACAUGCCGACAACAGCUCCAGACAGACCCGAAAAGCAAAAAACAACUUAAUAGCACCAUGUCCUCUGCCCCAUGUGAAAUGAAAAUGACACUUCCACAGUACAGAAACAGAGUACCCAUUUGAUUUAGAUCUGAAAAACUCUUCUUUUUAUUUUAGUAAAUGAUUUUGAAUAGAACGAGACCAGUGGUUCUUAUGCUGCCUUCACAUGCUCUGGGAAAGAUGAUCCUUUCCACUUGCUAGCUGGUAAUUACGAGUACGUCCUGUUCAUCUGUUUUGGUCUGUUGUGUGGGCAAAACUGUUUUAUCAUUAGCAUUUUAGCAAACACAAAAAAAGUGUUUCAUAAAUGUGUACAUUGCAAUAUGUGUAAAUUCAAGAUAAAUUCUUUCUUACCAUUCACCAAGGUUUGCAUAGGGACGCUAGGGACAUAACAUUACCAUCUUUUCAGGAUGCUCAAAUUGUCCACACCAAAUUUUAAACAACCUUAUUUGCAUUAUAUAAUGAGUACAGUUACAGUGCCCCCCAUAAUUAUUGGCACCCCUAGUUAAGAUGUGUUUUUUUAGCUUCUAAUAUAUAUAUAUUUUUUAAAUUCAAAUAAAAUGGGACCUUAAUGGAAAAAAAGAGAAAAAUCCAACCUUCCCUUUUACGGUCCCAGUUAAAGCCUGGGACCGUACGCUUUGGUCAGAUGAGACCAAGAUUGAGCUUUUUGGCAACAAACACUCUAAGUGGGUCUGGCGUGCCACGAAAGAUACGCAUGCUGAAAAGCACCUCAUACCCACUGUGAAGUAUGGGGGGCGGGUCAGUGAUGCUGUGGGGCUGUUUCGCUUCCAAAGGCCCUGGGAACCUUGUUAGGGUGCAUGGCAUCAUGAAUGCUUUGAAAUACCAGGACAUUUUAAAUCAAAAUCUGUUGCCCUCUGCCCGAAAGCUAAAGAUGGGUCGUCACUGGGUCUUUCAGCAAGACAAUGACCCUAAACAUAUGGCCAAAUGUACACAUAAAUUGUUCACCAGACACAAACUCAAGCUUGUGAAACAUUACAGGAGAAGAUUAGGUGCUGUUUUUUGGCAAAAGGGGGUUGUACAAAGUAUUAACACCAGGGGUGCUAAUAAUUGUGACACACAUUAUUUGAUGUCAAAUAAUUAUUUCUUUAUGUGGGAUUUUUUUCCCCACUGAAUAAACGCACUUGUAUUGAAGGUUGGAUUUUUCUCUUUUUUUCCAUUAAGUCCCAUAUUAUUUGGAUUAAAAAAAUUAUUAGAAGCUAAAAACACAUCUUAACCAUGGGUGCCAAUAAUUAUGGAUGGCACUGUAUAUCGUUAAUUUAGAUUGUCUUCCCAUAUGUUGUAGGGAUAGAAUAGAAUUUACCAUGUCUUCCCAUAUGUUGUAGGGAUAGAAUAGACCCUACCAUUAUUAAGUGAAUUAUUUUCAUUAUGUUCAGACUUAAAUUUACAUUUAUCCCUUUUCACUUGCAGAAUGUGCCGGUCCAUAUUUUCCCCCUCAAACGCACGUUUGAUUAGCUGAGGGCUUGACCCCCCCCCCCCCCCCCCCAAAAAAAACAAAAACACACAAUCACACAGACCCGACAGAAUAAUGUCGACAACAUGCCGCAUCCUCCGCCCCCUUUCGAAGAGGAGGGAUAUUAGAAGUUUUACCGGCCAGCAGCAGCCGCGCUAAGUAAUGUAAAAAGACGUCAAUUUUGUGGAGGUGGGGGAAACACAAUUAAUUUUGCUACUGAAGGUCUGACCUGCAUCAGAGUUAGCAUUGCUAACAUGCAAAACUACUGCUGUUUGCAUCAUGUGCAUUACGGUAAUGCAACGAAGUUGCUUUAAUCCCUGGUCCGUUGAUUAAAAAAAAUAAAAUAAAAAUUGAGGAGUUACCCAAGAAUGGGUCCACUUUGAGAGGACACUGACAUGUACAAGAACAUGAACUGACAUGAAAAAAUGUCAAAUGAAAUCACACAUCAGAAUGUCAUGAGAGUACAUUGGAUCGAGCCUUGGGGUAAUCUAGUAUGCCUCAGAUGUAGAUCGGUCCUAGGAUAUCUCAAUUUUUUUUUACUUAAUUUUUUUCCCAAAUCACUUUUAUACUACAAUACUUGAGUUUGAGUCUAGGAGUGCUUCAGUCAGGGGCGGACUGGGACUAAAAAGCAGCCCUGGACUUUGACUCAGCCCAGCCCACAAGAAUCGCUAUACGAAGGGAAACACAGACCCCCUAGGGGUCCGGGGGUAUGGGGGGCAUCCCCCCCCACACACCCACCCCACCCCCGGGAAGACUUUUUUUUUUUUUUUUUUACAUUUUACUGUAAAAUGUAUCAAUUUCGUGCACUUUGAGAGAAAAUGAGGAAAAUGUGUCUAGACUGUGACUGUCUGACUUGGGGCACUCAAAGUACUGCAAGGCUGAACUGGAGUUGGGUUCAUUUUCUGUACUAGCUCUAUGAUCAACCUGAAAAAACAAAUGAAAGAAUUUAUUUUUCAAAGCAAGUUUUAUGUAUCUAAUUUAUUAUAAUAUAUCUCUAUAUAUCUAUGUCUAUAAAAUGAUUUCAUUGUUAAUGCCAUAAUUCAGUGGUCUCUAAACUAUUCCACAUAGGGCCGCAGCGGGCGCAGGAUUUCAUUCCAACAAAACAAGACAACACCUAUGCACCAAUCUGGUGUUUUACAAGUGCAGUCAGGUGCUGCUUGUUUUAGCAGAAACUUCAUUGGUUAAACUAUCGGCACUCGAUCGGUUGAAACAAAAACCAGGCCCCACAGCGGCCCUUGAGGACCGGUUUGGAGACCCCUGCCAUAAUUAAUCUUGCCAUACAAAUAAUAAAUUUCAAUGAAAAUACCAAUGAACAUUUCAAGACAAAUCCUGGAUACAUAACCUUCAUUGGAAAGUAUUAACCAGAAAACAAAACGAUAUAUACAUGGUUAAAAAAAUAUAUCAAUUUAUCUUACUAAACUUUAAAAGUAAAACCAUUCAUUUUAUUAAUAUUUUGUUAUAUUUCUUAUGAAUUAAUAUUGCUGCUGCGUGUGCAUACAUUGUUUUACAGCUAAAAUAUUUUUCUUUAGGAGAGUGAUAGGAGGACUAGCAUACUGUAACUUGACACGAUUGCAAACGGACUAGCUGGCACUAACCCUUUGAUUGUCAUUUAAAAUGUAGCUACCUGGUGGAUAACAAUUGCCGGUAUACCGAGCAAGUGACCCUCUUCAUCCCUUUUUACUUGCCCUGCGCUUGUCUGGGGAACUUCCACCAGCUUAUCAUUACACCCUUCCUCUUCUUUUCUUCUCCCUGCACCGGCUGCACGUCAGAGCGGCUCCCGCUACCCCUCUCACCAUUGCCGGGGGCUAGGCUGCUUACCCGACGUGGCCGUUGCAGCCAGACUGCUGCUUGCGAAAAUAUUUCUCAACUUAAGACAUUUUAAUGCUUUGCUCUCCUGUUUCUUUAAUUUUUUUUCUCCCUAACCUUCUCCGCGCCACCCUCUCCGCGCCACCCUUUUUUUUGCCACCACCAUCCAUAUUGUGCAUUAAUGCUCGUCGCUAGUUUGCUUCCACAAAGAACCAAUGAAGGGUACUUUGUGUUUUCUUCGUUCUUCUAUCAGACUGGCGAUGAACAGCCAAGCGCAUUGCUGCCACCUGUCGGAUUGGAUGCGAACUGUAGAUAAUGAGAGGCUAGAGGGGAUAAAAACAGUGAUGUAUAAUGAAUGGCGGCCGCCGGCCGUCCAGGGCACCGGCCGUUCUGUGAUCCUCCAGAACCCACAGAUUACCAGUCCGCCCCUGGCUUCAGUGUCCCCCAGAAGUGGACCCAUUCUUUUUUAAUAAAGAGACUUGCACUUCAAAAUGUUUCUUUAGUAGGUGAAUGGCGAGAUAGUGUAAAGCGCUUUGAGCGCCUUGAAAGGUGGAAAAGCGCUAUAUAAGUAUAACACCAUUUACCAUUUACCAUUUGUAGUUUUUGAAAACAAAAAAAGAAAAACAGGCUUGAAUCGAAUGUUACACACAAAAGUUAGUAUAAGUCAGUACAUAUUUAUUUUUGCUUUGAUCGUUUAGCCGAUCAAUUAAUUAGGUUCAUGUUCGUGAGAAAUGUAGCCCCCUUCAAUAAUAUGUUUGGUUUUAUUAACGACCCGUCCCCUGCAAGAAGUGUACACGCAGGUUAUGCUGUUAUAUCGUCCCUCCCAAUAUUGAGACCAAACCUACGCCCAUGACAUUCACAACUUCUUGUUUGCACUCCGCCAUUUUGAAAAGUAAAAGGUCCACCCAUCUCGGAAACUGGGGUGUUAUUAUAAAACCCCAGUUCUCCAGUAGAAAAUACGAGUAGAUGGGGCGUUCACAUCCAAUUUUUGACUCAACAAGUGGUAUUUACCACGAUUACGACACCACACGAAGGCAGCAUUAACCAUGCUAAAGGUACAGAACCCGGCGAGUUUCACAUGUGCGGUCACCGGACCCUUCAGAAUUUAAUAUAAAUAAAUGUUUUUUCAAAUUAAAAAGCAAUGUAUAGCUAAGCUAGCAAGCAAAUAUCUAAGUGAAUUCCUGUUCAAAUUUCAAAUUCACUGCAAAUAGUUUUAACUUUUGCCGUUCAUUUUCAUGUUUGAAAAUGAAAUUAAACUCACUAAUUUCCCACUGUUCCUCUUAUUGUCGCAUCAAAGCAUCACAUUUUCAUGGCAUAAAAUGAUGCACGUUUUUUUUUGUUGUUGUCUGUGCAGUCCAUGCUGACUGCAGAUCUUUAUACCUCCUCAAACCAAGUGUGUGUCAACCUUCCACUGAGCAAACCAGUUUCUCGUUCUAGUAAAUAUAGAAAGCCUGUAAAUUGGGGGCAAACCUGUCCAAAACCUAGUCUAAAAUGGCCUUGAGUAAGCAUAUGAAAAUCGGGCCCUGUGUGUCCUUCUAACCCUUGCCAAACUCACUGGGGUCGAUCCGACCCAGGUUAAGAACCACUGAUUUAGACUCAUCAUAGUGUUUAAAGCAGAGUUGUCACGAUUGUAUCUUUGUACAGCACCAAAAUGAUUAUGAAAUAAACAAUUAAGGUGUAUUUGUCAUUCAAGUCAUUGACCGCCAUUGACGGCACUAGAUGUCCAAGCCAUUUUAACUGGGGGAAUACCGCAGUGAAUGAUUGCUGUCAGCCUUCCCAUUCAAAAUCAAAUCAAUUCCUGUCCACAUGUGAAUCACUAACCACAAUUUUUUGUGUGUGUUUGUCACUUUUACUCUUAUUCCAAACAAGCGGGAAAUGGGGGGUGGGGGAAUAAAGCGCCAAACAUAAAUGGCCUACGGGGUUGGCCCGCUGGCAUCCACUGGGUCGGAUGCAUCCCCAACAAGUGGAUAAUCCAUCUUUAGCACACCUCUCGCUGGACAAUAAUCUGCAAUCACUCAGAUAAAAAUAUAAUCUUGAGCGAGGUCCAAAUGGAUUUCAGAGAUUGUCUGUUUCAUCAUGUUAGCCUCUUUUCGAAAAAAAAAAAAAAAAUCUCAUGGGAUGUAAGUGGAAAUGAACCAGUCACCUAAUGUUACUUCUGUUGCGCACAGGAUUACACAUUAUACAAGAAGCACAGUACUAGAUCCAAAACCUGGAGGCAGAUAUGGUAUAUUUAUCCAUCCAUCUUCAAUACCACUUAUUCUAAUGACUAGGGAUGUCCUGGCAACGUUUUGCAUGCGAAUCUUAGUCUGAGUCACCUGAUUUUGUCCUGAUCUGAAACAUCGGAAAUGUAUUAAGGUGGGGGGAAAAAACACAUCUACGCUGCUGGCCAAAAGUAUUGGCACCCCUGCAAUUCUGUCAGAUAAUGCUCAAUUUCUCCCAGAAAAUGAUUGCAAUUACAAAUGCUUUGCUAGUAAUAUCUUCAUUUAUUUUGCUUGCAACGAGAGAACACAAAAGAGUAUGAAAAAAAAUUAAAUCAAUAUGAUUUUACAUAAAAUUCAUAUAAAAAUGGGCCAGACAAAAGUAUUGGCACCCUCAGCCUAAUACUUGGUAGCACAACUUUUAGACAAAAAAACUGCGAACAACUGAUUCUGGUAUCCAUCAAUGAGUUUCUUACAAUGCUCUUCUGGAAUUUUAGACCAUUCUUCUUUUGCCAACUGCUCCAGGUCUCUGAGAUUUGAAAGGUGCCUUCACCAAACUGCCAUUUUCAGAUGAAUCCACAGUUGUUCGAUGGGAUUCAGGUCUGGACUCACUUUAGAAGUCUCCAGUGCUUUCUUACAAUGCUCUUCUGGAAUUUUAGACCAUUCUUCUU